UCUUCUUCUUCUUCUUCUUCUCUGUUUCUUUUGCUUUUGUUUCUUCUUCUUCUUCGUGUCGUCGUCACUAUUUGAAUCUGAUUUUUGUCUCUGUUCCUUUCUCAAUCUUCUUCUUCACCCGAAUCUGAUUCUUUCUCACGCUUUUCUCGAUUUUUUUCAAAUCUCAACGGGAAGCUAUCUCCAAUUCUUCUUGUUUCUCAAUUUUGAAUCUCCCUAAAAUCUCGAGCUCUGUCGUCUAGUGACAAUUGGGGGUUUUUUCUCAGCUCCGAUUCACCGAUUUUUCCGAUCUAUUCAGGAAGCUAUAGAUUCGAUUCUGGAUUUCUCAACGGAUUUGCUGCAUAAUCGAGUAGAUUAUGGCGAAGCGUGGAUAUAAGCUCCAGGAGUUUUUGGCACAUUCUGCAAAUGUGAAUUGCUUAAGUAUUGGAAAGAAGACAUCACGUCUCUUUAUAACUGGUGGUGAUGAUUACAAAGUCAACCUUUGGGCGAUCGGCAAGCCUACUUCUUUAAUGAGUCUAUGUGGACAUACUAGUGCAGUGGAUUCAGUAGCUUUUGACUCCGCAGAAGUUUUGGUGCUCGCUGGAGCUUCUUCCGGUGUGAUAAAGCUGUGGGAUGUAGAAGAAGCAAAGAUGGUUCGAGCUUUUACUGGACAUAGAUCCAAUUGUUCUGCUGUUGAAUUUCAUCCCUUUGGUGAAUUUUUGGCAUCGGGAUCAAGUGACGCGAAUCUAAAGAUUUGGGACAUCAGAAAAAAGGGAUGCAUACAGACGUACAAGGGUCAUACUCGUGGCAUCAACACUAUUAGAUUUACUCCUGAUGGUCGUUGGGUAGUGUCAGGAGGACUUGACAAUGUUGUAAAGGUAUGGGAUUUGACUGCUGGAAAGCUUUUGCAUGAAUUUAAACUUCAUGAAGGAGCUAUCCGUUCACUAGACUUCCACCCACUCGAGUUCCUCCUAGCCACAGGUUCUGCAGACAGGACUGUAAAGUUCUGGGAUUUGGAAACGUUUGAAUUGAUUGGAUCUACCCGACCAGAGGCUACUGGAGUUCGUUCAAUCAAAUUUCAUCCGGAUGGGCGAACCCUUUUUUGUGGUUUGGAUGAUAGCUUAAAGGUUUAUUCAUGGGAACCAGUAGUUAGCCAUGAUGGUGUUGAUAUGGGAUGGUCAACGCUUGGUGACUUAUGCAUCAGCGAAGGGAAGCUCCUGGGUUGUUCGUACUACCAAAAUUCCGUAGGGAUUUGGGUGUCAGAUAUAUCACAAAUUGAGCCAUAUGGCACUGGAUCUGUGGAUAAAAAGGAAUGCGUGGAGAAAAUACUCAGUGCACUGGAUGAUCAGUCCUCUGAUAAAAUAAGGAGUAGCUCAAGGCGCAGCUCAUCUCCAGAUUAUGAGACAAAAGAGAUCAAAAACAUAUACAUCGACUGUGGAAAUUCGGCUGUUGCACAUAAGUCAGUAUCUCUAAUUACUCCGAAAGUCAAAGAAACUUCGACUGGACAAGAAGGGGACAAUAAAUCUAUCAUAGUGCAAAGUGUUGUACCACGAGAUAGUAAAAUUGGGAAAGACUCUUCUGAUUCAGGAAAGGAAUCUAUCACUUUAUUAAAAACAAAACCGGGCAUGCUGCUGAGACCAGCUCAUGUAAGAAAGACGCCAACAAAGUAUGAUGAAACCAAGCAGUCAGUGGCCAUUCAAUUCGGGAUUCCAAAGAAAAGUGGAUCGGACAGUGAGAAGAAGCUAGAUACUGGGACGGCAUUUGAUUCAGAAAGAAGUGUCAGGAAACCAUUUAAUGUUGACGAUUCAAUCAUCAAGAGUAUAACCAGCAAGUUUGAACAAGCUUUAUUACCAGAAUCACCAACUGAUGAAGCGAAAUGUAUGGUGCUGAAACCACCUCAUGUACAGAGAUCACCAAGUACUAGAUAUAAUGAGGCAAAAUUGGCGACAUCUGUUGAUUCUGGAGCUUUAGACAGUAAAAACAGUGGGUUAGAGUCCUCAAAAUACAUAGAAUCACCAACAGGGCUCAAGGAUGACAGAGGUAGUAACCCGUGUGAGGACGUUAUCGAUAACAAGAGCAUUUCAAGCAGGUCAGAAAGAGUUCUAUCACCAGAGAAAGCUGGUGAUGAAAUGAAAAGCCUUGAAUCCCCAGAAGGUAACAAAGAAUCAAACUCCGUCAAGGUUGUUAGAGGAGUAAAAGUUGUUUCGGGAAGGACGCGGUCAUUGGUUGAGAGGUUUGAAAGAGGAGAAAAAGUUACUCAUACUGAAGAUAAAGCAGCCAGUGCAACAAUAGUUCAGAGCUCUGAUGCUGUAGAGGAAGAACCCCAGACAGCAUCAGUACAGGCAGUCAGUAUGACGCCCACCCAGGUAAUGCCAGUUAAACUUGAUCAGGCAACUAACUCGAUGCCAGUUGAAGUUUCUGUGUUAUCAACACGACGAACUAGGAGUACUCCAGUCAGAGUGAUGCCUGUGGUACUCGGUCGGGACACUUAUAUGGCAACUGAUGAGCCUCCUGUAACAUCAACACGACCUGAUAGGACUUCUUCUACUAAUUUGGCAUCUGAUGUGUCUUGUGUAACAUCUACACGACAACCUAGGACUUUACCAGCUCCAGUUAUGCCUGAGAUAGUCGAUCAGAUAUCAAAUAUGGAAUCUAAUGAGCCUCCUGUAACAUCAACACAACCUGAUAGGACUUCUACUAUUUUGACAUCUGAUGAGUCUGAUGUAACAUCAACACGACAAGCUAGGACGUCUCCAGCUCCAGUUAUGCCUAUGAUACUCAAUCAGACAUCAAAAAUGAAAUCUGAUGAGCGUCCUGUAACAUCAACACGACCUGAUAGGUCUUCAGCUACUAAUUUGAUAUCUGAUGAGUCUCCUGUAACAUCCACCCGACAAGCUAAGACUUCUCCAGCCCUAGUUACGCCUGUGAUACUCAAUCAGCGUAAAAAAACUAACAUGAAAUCUGAUGAGCCUCCUGUAAUAUCAACAAGACAAGUUAGGACCACUUCAGCGCGAGUAAUGCCUGUGAUACUUAAUCAAGCAUCUAAUACAUAUGAUGAGCGUCCUGUAUCAUCUUCACGAUCAGCUAGGACGUCUCCAGCCCGUGUAAUGACAAUGAAACUCACUCAAGUAGAAAAUAUGCCAUCUUAUGAGCCUCAAGUUGCAUUAACACGAUCAGCUAGGAACUCUCCUGCCCGUGUAAUUCCUGUGAGAAACAGUCAAGCAAGUAACUUGACAUCUAAUGCAUCUAAUAUAAGAUCAAGGCAACGAUAUAGCCCAACGCAAACACUGUCAACACCUGCAGCACUUGAUCAGGUGACUGAUAUGACACUGGAUGAGGCAUAUAUAUCAGAAACGCAACCAGCUUCUGAUAUUUUGACCCAGAAAGAAGAGCCUCAGAUAUCUGGGAGGGAGAAUGAUGGUGACAUUUGGGAGACUUUAAUGGAAACGCAUAAUGAGGUGUUAAACACUCUUCAAUCAAGGUUAACAAAAUUACAGAUUGUAAGACAUUUUUGGGAACGUAGUGAUAUUAAAGGUGCGAUCAUGGCCUUGAGAAAGCUGUCAGAUCACUCUGUUCAAGCAGAUGUGAUCAGUAUUCUGACUGACAAAACAGAGAUUUUAACAUUGGAUCUGUUUUCUCAGUUAGCACCCGUCCUCACAGGCUUGUUGGGCAGCAGGACUGAGAGGCCUGUAAAUGUCUCCUUGGAAAUGCUCUUGAAGCUUGUAGCAGUGUUUGGUACAGUAAUACAAUCAACUGUUUCAGCACGACGAGUUGUUGGCGUUGAUCUUCAUGCAGAAGAAAGGUUACAGAUCUGCCAAAGUUGUUCUGCUGAAUUGCAAAAGGUUCACAAGAUUCUUCCACUACUCACAAGGCGAGGUGGUCUCAUAGCAAGAAAGGCUCAAGAACUAAACCUAGUUCUUCAAACACCAUAGCUCCAGAUUCAGAUUUUCGGAUUCAGGCCUCUCCGUGAUUUUUCCAAUCUGUACAUUAUGAAGAAACUGUCUUCAUGUUCCUUCCGGCGAUUUUCCAUCUGUUGCAUUGAAGACUCAUCGAUCAGUCACAGUUUCUUUUGGCGGAUUUUGUGAGAUAGUCGCCCAGGAAGAACACGGAAAACACUCUGCGAACAAUCGGUAUAUGCUGUAAAUCAAUCAAUCUCUUGGGGAUUGAAGUUGUUGUGCUUCUUUAGAUUAUUGAUUCAGCGAAAUCUCAAAUGUUUAGCUAAAAUAUCAAUUACAAUGUCUCUCUCCAUGUGAAUGUAAUAUGCAAUCCUAAUGAGAAGACACCAUCGGUAUAUGAAUUAUAUUUGGCAAUCUACUACUUUUGGUCCUCCGA